AUGGCCGAGGCGUCGCCGCAGCCCGGACGGUACUUCUGCCACUGCUGCUCAGUCGAGAUCGUGCCGCGCCUGCCGGAUUACAUCUGCCCAAGAUGCGAGUCUGGGUUUAUCGAGGAGCUUCCAGAAGAGACCAGGAGUGCAGAGAACGGCUCAGCCCCCUCCACAGCCUCCGCGGACCAGAGCCGGCAGCAACCGUUCGAGAAUGUGGACCAGCCCCUGUUCACGCUGCCGCAGGGCUACGGGCACUUUGCUUUCGGCAUCUUUGACGACAGCUUCGAGAUCCCCACGUUCCCCCCUGGGGCGCAGGCUGAUGACAGCAGGGAUCCCGAGAGCCGGCGGGAGCGAGAGCAGCACUCCCGGCACCGGUACGGCGCCCGGCAGCCCCGCGCCCGCCUCACCGCGCGGCGGGCCACCGGCCGGCACGAAGGCGUCCCCACGCUGGAAGGGAUCAUCCAGCAGCUGGUCAACGGCAUCAUCACCCCGGCCACCAUCCCCAACCUGGGCCUGGGCCCCUGGGGCGUCCUGCAUUCAAACCCGAUGGACUACGCCUGGGGGGCCAACGGCCUGGACGCCAUCAUCACGCAGCUCCUCAAUCAGUUUGAAAACACGGGUCCCCCACCCGCAGACAAAGAGAAAAUCCAGGCCCUUCCCACUGUGCCCGUGACCGAGGAGCACGUCGGCUCGGGGCUGGAGUGCCCCGUGUGCAAGGAUGACUAUGGGCUGGGUGAGCGUGUGCGGCAGCUGCCCUGCAACCACCUCUUCCAUGACGGCUGCAUCGUGCCCUGGCUGGAGCAGCACGACAGCUGCCCUGUCUGCCGAAAAAGCCUCACAGGACAGAACACGGCCACCGACCCCCCGGGCCUGGCUGGGGUGAGCUUCUCCUCCUCCUCGUCAUCCUCCUCCAGCUCACCCGGGAAUGAGAACCCGGCCAGCAGCUCCUGA